AUGAAUAAGGAAAAGCCUCGGUAUUCAAAUCAUAUAACCGCAAUCAAACCCAAGACCACGAAGCUGAGACCCUUCAUAGUUGCUGAUACUGAGACGUUAUUGGACGAGAAAAGUCAUGCUCAUGUGCCUUACGCCGUUGGUUACAUGUUGGUAUCCCCAGGGGAUGAUGUAGGUUCAAAGGCAGAUUAUGAGAUUGAAACGCGUUUCAGUGAAUCCCACGUGAAAUUCCUACCUAAGAUGGAAGAUAGGAGUAAGAGAAUGAUGUUUGAGUUUCUUAACUCCUUAGAGAGGACCUUGACUGUUAAUAAGUCCGUUCGAACGGUGUACUUCCAUAAUUUGGCCAAAUUUGAUGGUAUAUUCUUUAUGAGGCAUUAUGUUGAACGUACUGAUAAUAUUUACAGAUUUAAACCCCUGAUAAGGAACCAUAUGCUCUACGAGCUGAAAGUGCAUAAGGGCCGUAAGCUACUUAUGCGUUUCAGAGAUUCAUGCAAUUUGCUCCCAGGGAGUCUGGCAUCAUUGGCAGAGAGAUUAUGUCCGCAAUUGGGUCCUAAGGGCUCAAUCCAACAUCAGGAGGUGAGGUUGUCAAAUCUGCAGGAAAGGGGUGAGGAAUUGUUGUCAUAUAUGAGACAGGAUAUCCGUCUGUUAGGGGGAGUGAUGCUUAAGGCGCAAGAGAUAUACUGGUUAAAUUACCAGAUUUAUAUCGAGGAGUUGAUGACUUUAUCAUCGCUUGCAACCAGGAUCUUUCGUAUGAAAUACUAUGAUGAAAAGAGAUUUCCUAUCCAUAUACCUAAUAGAAACGAGGACACCUUCAUUCGCCGUGGGUACUAUGGUGGUCAUACGGAUGCGUAUAUCCCCUCCGGUGAGAACCUCUACUACUACGACGUAAACUCCCUCUACCCCUUUAUCAUGAAAACCUAUCCAAUGCCUGGUGGUGUACCGGUCUGGCGUGGCAAUUUGGAGGGUGAGAGAUUGGACGACCUGUUUGGCUUUAUUGAGGCCUUGGUCGUUUGUCCCAGUGAUAUUAUCCGCCCCUUCUUGCCUUAUAGGGAUAAGAAUAGUAAUACACUAUUAUUUCCAACAGGCCAAUUCGCUGGAGUUUAUUAUAGUGAGGAGUUUCAGUAUGCCAGGGAUUUGGGUUACACUAUUAUACCACUCCGGGGAUAUUUGUUUGAGAAGAAGGCCAGCCCCUUCGAAGCCUUUGUAUCCGAGCUCUAUGGCAGCAGACAAAGGGCUAAGAAGGAGGGUGAUGAGGCUAUGUCAUAUGUGUAUAAGACCCUAAUGAACUCCCUCUACGGUAGAUUUGGGAUAAAUCCUGUAAGUACAGUUACCGAGCUCUGCGAUAGAGAGAGAUAUGAGGAAUUUCUGAGGAAGGACAAUUUCACGUCCGCAAACCAGCUCACCGAAAAUUACUAUAUUGUUAGUUAUAUUACCAACAGGGCUGAGGAUAAGGAUUGGAAUCCCCCUAGGAUCUCGGCGGUUCAAAUCUCUGCAGCUAUAACGGCUUGCUCUCGUAUUAAUAUGUAUCAAUACAUUUCCCGAGACGACUGUUACUACACCGAUACCGACUCCGUGGUUCUUGGAAGCCCUAUUCCGGAUGAAGUAAUCUCUUCCACUGAGCUGGGUAAGUUUAAACUGGAGUACUUUGUCAAGAAGGGUAUCUUUUUAGCGCCUAAGAGUUAUUAUAUUUUGACAACUGAAGAGAAAAGAGUCCUGAAACAUAAGGGUAUAGCUAAAUCAUUGGUCAAUGAAGAAUGGUUUGAGACACAAUACGCUGAAUUACACAAAACUAAGCAGAUCCCUGUUCAAACUAACUUCCAAAUAGAUUGGGAAUCCCUGAACGUCAUGAAAAGGGAGAAAAUAGUGAACCUAGGCAUCAAAGUGAAUACCAAGAGGGAACCCGUGUUUGACAAUAACCAAACUUGGGUUGAUACAACACCAUUGAAUGUGACAGACUAUGCGGGACAAGAAAAAAGGAUACUAGAAUAUAACUUGGAGUGUCUUCAAAAAGAAAAUGCUAUGAAAGACAGAGAGAUUGAACAAUUAAGGUCUCUAAUAGCUAGUAUAUCUUCUGAUAGUCUCAGAAAAGAUGAGCAAGGCCGGAGUCAACCCUCGGACGAUCCCAAUAACCCCGCUAUUCAAAGCCACUCUUCACCUACUCUAUUCAAGCAUCCUCCGAUUAAGAAUAAGAAUAAGAAUAAGAAUAAGCAUACGUACAGGGGUAAGAAGAAGAAGAAAAAGCCUGGUUAG